AUGGCGGCGAGGAGGCCGGGCCGCGCGGGCGGGCCGAGGUGAGGCCGGGGGAGGCGGGCGGUGCUGCUGCCAUGGAGCACAUCACCACCCCGAAGGUUGAAAAUGUGAAAUUACUAGAUCGUUAUACAAAUAGGAAGGCAGCAAAUGGGACGUUAUACCUGACAGCUACCCACCUUAUCUAUGUAGAUGCUUCUGCUGAAGUCAGAAAAGAAACAUGGAUUCUGCAUCACCAUAUUGCAACUGUAGAAAAAAUGCCUCUGACCACGGCUGGAUAUCCGCUCCUUAUUCACUGCAAGAACUUCCAUGUGGCUCACUUUGUUAUUGGGCAGGAACGUGACUGUCAUGAAGUAUAUACCUCAUUGCUUAAACUUUCACAACCAGCGAAACCUGAAGAACUUUACGCUUUCUCAUAUAAUCCUAAAAUGUCUAAAGAGAACCGGGAGACUGGAUGGAAGCUGAUUGAUUUAAAAGUGGAUUACCAGCGUAUGGGAAUUCCAAAUGACUAUUGGGAAAUAACGGAUGUUAAUAAAGACUAUGAGAUUUGCAACACAUAUCCUCCAGAAAUAGUGGUGCCUAGAGCUGCUAGUAAGGCAGUGGUGAUUGGAAGCUCAAGGUUCAGAAGCAGAGGGCGGAUUCCGGUGCUUUCGUACUUGUAUAAGGAAAACAAUGCUGCCAUAUGUCGUUGUAGCCAGCCUCUCUCUGGGUUCAGUGCACGCUGUCUGGAGGAUGAACAAAUGCUGCAGGCGAUCAGAGAAGCCAACCCUGGGAGCCCCUUCAUGUAUGUUGUAGACACAAGGCCAAAGUUAAAUGCCAUGGCCAACCGAGCUGCUGGGAAGGGUUAUGAGAAUGAAGAUAAUUAUGAUAACAUUCGCUUUAAAUUUAUUGGUAUAGAAAACAUCCAUGUGAUGCGGAACAGCUUGCAGAAACUCCUGGAAGUGUGUGAAAUGAAGUCCCCCUCAAUGAGCGAUUUCCUCACUGGGCUGGAGAACUCAGGUUGGUUACGGCACAUUAAGGCUGUGAUGGAUGCAGGUGUCUUUCUUGCCAAGGCUGUGAAAGAUGAAAAAGCUAGUGUGUUAGUCCACUGCUCUGAUGGGUGGGAUCGCACAGCGCAGGUCUGCUCCCUGGCUAGCCUCCUCUUAGAUCCAUUUUAUAGGACUUUUAAAGGCUUCAUGGUUCUAAUAGAAAAGGAGUGGAUUGCAAUGGGCCACAAAUUCUCACACAGGUGUGGCCAUUUGGAUGGUGACCCCAAAGAAGUAUCCCCUGUCUUCACUCAGUUCAUUGAAUGUGUCUGGCAGCUCAUGCAGCAGUUCCCGUGCACAUUUGAGUUCAAUGAGCGUUUCCUUCUUGAAAUCCAUGACCACGUCUACUCCUGCCAGUUUGGCAACUUCCUUGGGAUCUGUCAUAAGGAGCGUGAGGAUCUGAAAAUCUUUGAGAAGACCCAUUCUCUGUGGCCUUUCCUCUUACAGAAGAAGCAAGAAUUGAGAAAUCCUUUGUACAGAGGAUUUACAGCAUACAAAGAGCUUCAACCAAACACACUACCUUUCAGUUUCCAGUUUUGGUGUGGGAUGUAUAAUCGCUUUGACAAAGGAAUGCAUCCAAAACAGCGUGUGUUGGAUCAUCUGCUAAGCUGCAUGAGCCAAAAGAUGAAACUGGAGGACAAUGCAUCUGAACUGGAAAAUAAACUUCCUUUCCUUGAUGGUCCUUUGCCCAGUGAAGCUUGCUCCUUAUCUAAAGUAGGACGUGCUGCUUCAAAAACACCGAUGCUCAACACUCCUCAGGAUUAUGAAGGGGAACCACCUCCUGUGUUGAGCAAUGGUGCCUCAGCAGGGGAUAUUGAUGUUGUGUCAGAUGUGGACCAAAAGCACAAAGAGAACCUGUCUCCUCACCAGGACCUCCAUGAUCUUAAUGACACCGUUAACAUGUUAAACGCCGAAGCUAAGGAUGGAAAGCCUCAGCACCAUUGAUCAGCUCUGAGAACUGUGUUCAGUGAAGCAGGCGCUUGUGGUGGUGAGGCGUAAGGGAGCUGUGCCUCCGUGAGGGUGUAGACCACCUAACCAUUUACAGCUAAGUGUGAGUACGUAUGUUUGCAGGGAGCUGUGCUCGCUGUAGAGAAGAUGGUCCCCGUUUGGUUUGGUUUGCAUCGUUUUGCAGUUCAAAUGAUGAAGAUGUGUACAGAGCUGCCCAGAAGGCUACCUUGAGUUAGUGUAAACCUUAUUUUUCAGUGAAAACACAAUGUGUGUUUAAGGUUUAUGACUGCCUGCCAGGAAUGGUAUUUCAAGCUGAAAGAAAUCUUGGCCAAUUAACAUGAGGCUUAGGAGUUGUGCAGUGUUUAUAACCGGAGUAGGAAAGACGCGGUCCAUUUGUUCUCAGUGGUGGUGCAAGGUCGUCUUAAAAUGAUAAAAAAAUUCAGUUCAUCUUAAAAAGAUUAAAAAAAAAAAAAGACCCAAACUUUUCUUAGCUGUGAAUGAAUCUCUGCAUGGACCCUCACCUUGUGGCAGAACUGAUUCAUUUUUUGUUUCCUAUGCAUAUUUGUUAAACAAAAACAAACCCCCCUGUGCCUUUUUAUGGAGACCGUUUUAAUGUCUAGCCACGCAACGUACUAUUUUUAUUAUUGUAGUGUAGAGUGUAGUAUUUGGUCUUCUUUGUAGUCAGUAUUUUUAAACAAGGUUUUUUAUCUGCUGCCGGCUUCUCCAGGAUCUUUGCUGAUCCCCUGAGUUUAGUAGCUUCUUUCUAAGCUGACCUUUCAAAGAAUAAGCUUUUAUGGACCUCAUUUCCUGAUUGUCAGAGUGCAGCAAGCCACAAAGACAGCCUGUAACACGUGAAUUUUUGACAGAGGGAAGAUUAGAAAUGAGAAAAGAUAGGAAAAAAAUUAUAUGAUAUUUUUCUCUUUUGUUUUGUUUUAUGAUCUUGGUUAAAUUGAAGCAAGAGAGUAACUCUUUGUUCUAAGCUGGAAUCGAUGUGCUUUCCUCACAUCCAUCGAUGAGGCAAUAAUUACAGAUUAGGUGUGUUCUGUUAUUGAAAUGGGGCCUAAAAUGAUUACUUCACAUCACAUGCUGAGUGAUUAUAAUGAAUGUUAUCUUGGAUGUUAAAAUUAUAUGAAGCGUAGAGAUGUUUUGUCUGUACUGUCAAGAUGUGGUGAGAUAAACAAUAUCUCUCACGGCAAUGAAUUUCUAAUUUUGUGAAGCUGGUGACAAAACGUAAAUUGGGAUGUGACCCCUUGUUGGAACAAGAAGUGGACAUCUUUGCUUGUGGCUGUGGCUCCAGCUUGGACUCACUCCAGUGCUUGUUAACACUACUUGGUUUCUUUAAACUGCAGUAAUCUCAGCUGGAGAUACUAGUUCAAAGUUGCAGGUUUAAAACAGAGAUGUAUAUUCCAUUUAUACAGAAGUCUUGUGAAGAAACAAGGGCUUGUCUCCCCAGGGAAAUGGAUGGCCCAGGAAAGCUGUUCUACAGUACUUGUUCCAGACAAGCAUCUAUAGAUGUGCUUAAUUGCACAGAGAGUCCCUUUGUGCGGCUUAAUUUAAGAUGCUUUUCUGCUUUCUUUUGGAUCCUGUUGUUUAAAUUAAUGCUGCCAUUAGGUCUUUAAAUCAGUUUUUCUCUUUUAUGAAAACUUGAAACAAACUGAACAUAUUUUCUAAGUUAGCCCUCCCAGUUUACAAUAAAAAGUAGAAACAUUCCAUUAUAGCAUCGUAAAAUGCAGUAGCCAUUGUUCAUAUGCUUAUAACGUACGGUGGAAUGACUAGGUUAAUUUCAGUGUUCAAGAUAAAAUAGAAAAUGAAAAAAAA